AUGCCCGUCUACCGAUGCGGCAUCUGCAACGUCUUCAGCUCCUCAUUGGAGCAGCACGCGCGGCACCUCAACGGCGCGCGUCACAAGAGGAACGAAGCGAGCGCUCUUGCCGGCACCGUGCGCGCUGCCUCAAACGGGGACGGCAAAGGAGCGAAACGAGCGCGGCGAGACGCGGCCGCCGUCGCUGCGUGCCUCGCGACGCUGGACGGAGCCGCGCCAAUUGCUGGUCUCCCGCCGCUGCGCGACUGGCUGCUCCGCCGGGACGCGGUCCGUUCUGCGCCGCGGAUCCCCCGGCGCUUCGGCGGCGACGCGCGGCGCUAUGCGGACUCGUUCCGGCACGCGAUGGCGGCGGAGGCCUUCGACAUCAUCGACCGGAGCCUGGGCGCGGGCGGCGAGGUCGCGGACCACGAUGUGCUGCGCGUCGAUCGACAGCAACGGCUCGUGGUGAUCCUGCACCGCGAGCAUAUCUACCAGGACGCGUUCGUGCGAUUCCUUUGCGGCGAGAGCGCGGUCGCGUUGCUGCUCGACGAGUCGAAGCCAGGGGAGCGCGCUUUUAGAUGUAGGGAGGGCACGGACGACGCGUUCUUCGAGGAGAUGGGGCGGCGGCGCACGGUCCGCGUCGAGUACCUGGAGUCCGUCGUCUCGCUCAUCCGCGCGGACGACGCACUGCGGCGCGCGUUCCGGCGCGAGCCGCCGCCCGUCGCGCUCGCGCUGUGCCGGGACGGCGGCCGGGCGGCGCCGGAGAAACGCGACGACAGUGAUCCGUGGCGCGCGGCCACGGACGCAUCUGGAAGGCCGUAUUUCUACCACGCGGCGACUCGCGAAACGCGAUGGACGCGGCCCACCGAGACGACAGCGGACUGGAUCUCCGACGCGGUCCUGUCGGCCGUGGGCGACGUCCGGGCGCCGGCGCCGCGGCAGGCCCUCGACACGACGAUCUCGCUCAUCCACGGCCCGCCGGGCACGGGAAAGACGAAAGAGCUGGCCGCUUUGCUGCUGGCGUCGAAGGGCCGCGUUCUCGCCUGCGCGCCGUCGAAUCGGGCCGUGAUCGAACUUUUAGACAGGUUUCGGGCGCUGGGCCGGCGGCGCGCGGUGCUCGUGGGCGUCGGGAGCCAGGUCGAGACCCAUGUGACCUACGCGUCAUGUCGGAGUCCAGGCAGUAGGGACGCCGCGAGGUUCAGUGAGAUACUGUUCUGUACCCUGGCGACCGCGGGUAGGCCGGACCUGCGCGCGAUCAUCGGCGCACGGGAACUGCUGGUCGUCGACGAGGCAGGGCAAGCUCUCGAGCCCGAAAUCCUGUCAGCCGCCGAAGCGGCGCAGGCCCGGCGCUGCGUCCUCUGCGGAGAUCCGAUGCAGCUGCCGCCGACGGUCCUCUCGGCGGCCGGCGUCGAGGCUGGGCUUGCGUCGUCGCCGAUGGAGCGCCUGCUCGAGGUCCGCGACGCGAGCGUCGUCGCGCUGCGGUUCCUCGACGAGCAGCGGCGGAUGCACCCCGCCAUCAGCGCGUUUCCGAACGCGACUUACUACGGUGGGCGCGUGCGCGACGCGCCGACACUACUAACGAGGCCGCGCCCCGACUGGCUGCCCUACUCGAUCACGAAAAACGCGUCGCCCCUCAAAAGUCGGACGGUCGUCGACGUUGCUCACGGAGAAGCACGGCACGACGGCCCGUCUCUACGCAACGAAUCGGAGGUCGACGCUAUCGAUAGGAUAUUAUCAACGCUGUUCCAGCGGCUGCCGCAGCGCGCUUCUGUGGACGUCGCCGUCAUCUCCUUUUACAAGGCCCAAAUCCAAUCUCUGGAGCGCGCCCUGGCACCGAUAAAGCAGCGCCUCGGCGCAGGCGCAGGACAGAGCCUGCGUAUCGGCACCGUCGACGCCUUCCAGGGCUCCGAGGCCGACGUGGUUAUAAUCUCCGCGGUGCGCGCCGGGACGUGCGCAGACGUGGGAUUCGUGGCCGACGAGCGGCGAUUGAACGUGGCCCUCACGAGGGCGCGGCACGUCUUAUUCUUUGUCUGCCACGCGGAGACGCUCCGGGCGGCGACGCACCGCUCGACGGCCGGCGCGCUCGUCGCGACGGACCACGUCCGCGCGCUGAUGGCGGACGCGGACGCGCGGGGCGACGUCGUUGAUAGUGCGCUGUUGUUGUGA